AUGAAAGCACAGGGGGGCGACCACUCCAUGAUCAACCUGUCCGUACAGCAAGUGCUGAGCCUCUGGGCUCACGGGACUGUACUGAGGAGCCUGACAGAGAUGUGGUACUGGGUGUUCCUAUGGGCUCUCUUCUCGUCUCUCUUUGUUCACGCAGCAGCGGGAGUUCUAAUGAUUGUCAUGCUACAGAGGCACAAGCAGGGGAGGGUGAUAUCUGUGGUUUUGGUCAGCAUUGGAUUCCUGGCUUCUGUCACUGGAGCAAUGAUAACUAGUGCAGCUGUUGCUGGGAUUUACAGGGUAGCAGGAAAAAACAUGGCCCCUCUUGAAGCUCUGGUAUUUGGAGUUGGACAGACUGUAUUAACAGUGAUAUUAUCCUUUUCACGGGUCCUUGCGACACUGUAAGACUUUUCCAAGACGUCUUGACGAAGCAGGAAGAUCGUCAUUUUGCAAAAUGAUGGGCCAUUUAUGGUGAUGUCCAUAUGAGUUCCUGAAGAAAAGAAAAAUGCACAGUAACUUAUCUAAUUCUAGAAAACCUCUUGCACAUUGCAUUGCAGUGUUUUGAAGGAUCCUUGAAAUACUAAAUAGUUUUGGGGCCUUGUCUAUAGAAGGCUUCUGAUUGUUGCACUGAUGAACUGUAUAGCACCUUAUGUGCCUCAGUCAAAGGCAAGGUGAGAUCACUUUUCUAUAAUGCUGUAUGAAGUAGCACCUUGCAGAACACUCAUCACGAUCCUUCAGUGAUGUCUACAUGACAUUAGGGCAGUGGUAUUUGAUACUCUCUUGAUCGUGAUCUAACAAUCUUAAAAUGCACUUAUUUUAUGUAUGAAUGAUAUAGUCUAAUUAGGAUUUCACUUUCAAGAAGAGAUUGAAAGACCAGUGCUCUAAAACCAAAAAUAAUAAUAAUAAAUACAUAAAAACUUAUCGGGACAGUGUUUUAUGUGCCAAAUAUUUCUCUAUAUUUUUCCAUUUUUGGGAAUUAUAUUCCUAAAUUCCAUUGGACAAUGUUUGAAGAUGAAAUGUUGUAGUUGAUAUGUGACAUGUUAUUGCUGCGCAGUGUGUAAUUUUUUUUGUCAGAAUGAGGCAUUUUACACAAAAACUAUCUUGGUAAAUGAUUUUGUAGGUUUUCAUCUUUCCAAACCUAUUUUGAAAUUUUCAUUUCAACAUCGACUUUGCUACAAGUUUUACAAAAAUUGCAACCAUCCUGUUUUUAUGUCUAAGUAAGUUAAUUGUUUUAAAAAAUAUAUAGAUUGAUUAGCCCGAUUCUAAUUAAUCACACUGUUGAUGGUUGUCUGAAAUUACCAUGCACUAUGUAAUAGUAAAGGGCAUUUAUAUACAAUUUUUGCC